CCAAGUUAGGGUUGCUACCAUGUACGUCGACAAGAGAGAGAGAAAAAAGAAGAAGCAAAACAGCAGCAGCAAGCAAGCAAGCAGUAGGCGCAGUGAGAAUCAGUCAGUACGCAGUAAUCGGUGCAAAGCUACGCAAGCAAAAGGAAAAACCCCCCAAAAAAAGUAAAAAUCACAAGCGGGUGAAACACACACACUUUUUACAAACACACACAAGCGGUGGGAGCGGACGUGUGUGAGAGGAGAGAAGAAGCAGAGUGUGUGGUUGGUUUGGAAGAAACCAAAACCAAAAGACUAAAAAUGCAGAAAUUUGCCUGCCGGGGCCAAACGGCGUUGGCUUUACUGAUAGCUUGCUGUCUAGUAUUAGGAACAACAACAGUAGCCGGAGCUGAUGCAGAAAUUGAUGAUUUCGACGAUGGCAUCGUUGAAGAUGUGCAGGAGGAGUCUGCUGACGUCGCUGGCGAAGAACUGGUCUACGAAAGUCCCGUCAUAGAACCCCGAAAAUUCCAUUUUGCCGAUCAUUUUGAUGAUGUUGAAGCCUCACGCAAACAAUGGGUUCACUCGCAGGCCAAGAAGGACGACAUAGCUGAGGAGAUUGCCAAGUACGAUGGCAUCUGGAACUGGGAAUCCCCACAGCGCAUCGUUUGGCCCAAGGAUAAGGGACUGGUGCUUAAAUCUAAGGCAAAACAUGCCGCAAUCUCAUCGCGUCUAAUCAAACAGUUUGACUUUAAAUCGAAGAAACCUUUGGUGGUGCAGUAUGAGGUCACCAUGCAGGAGGGACAAGAAUGCGGUGGCUCGUAUAUCAAACUGUUGUCGGCGGGCAAGGAAACCGAUGAUCUGACCACGUUCAAUGACAAGACACCCUACACCAUCAUGUUUGGACCGGACAAGUGUGGCAACGAUGUGAAAAUGCACUUCAUAUUCCGUCAUGUAAAUCCAAUUAACGGCACCAUAACUGAAAAGCACUGUAACAAACCAAAGAACCGCUUGGAGGAACCCUUCAAGGACAAGUUGCCGCAUCUGUAUCAACUGGUGGUGCGUCCUGACAACAGCUUUGAAAUUCGUUUGGAUCACAAGAUCAUCAACGAAGGCUCCCUGUUGACUGACUUCAAGCCAGCCGUCAAUCCACCAGCUGAAAUCGAUGAUCCAGCGGAUCAGAAGCCAGCCGAUUGGGAUGAGCGUGAGAAGAUCCCCGAUCCCUCGUCACAGAAACCCGACGAUUGGAACGAUGAUGCCUUGCCACAGAUUCCCGAUGUUACCGCUGUCAUGCCCGACGGUUGGCUAGAGGAUGAGCCCGAUAUGAUUGCCGAUCCCACAGCCGAGAAACCCGAGGAUUGGGAUACCGAAAUUGAUGGCGAAUGGGAGGCUCCACUUGUGGAUAACCCCGCUUGUGAAAAGGCUCCAGGUUGCGGCAAAUGGCAGGCACCACACAUUCCCAAUCCAGAGUACAAGGGCAAGUGGCGGGCACCGAUGAUUGAGAAUCCCAACUACCAGGGCAAAUGGGCUCCACGCAAGAUUGCCAAUCCCGAUUUCUUCGAGGAUCUGAUGCCAUUCCAAAUGACGCCAAUUAGCGCUGUUGGUUUGGAGCUGUGGUCGAUGUCUAAUGAGAUCUUGUUCGACAAUCUGAUUAUUACCGAUGAUGUGGAUGUUGCACGUGACUUUGCCGCCAAUAGUUUUGACAUUAAGCGUCGUUACAUUGACAAGGAAUCGGACUCAUUCGUGAAUAAGGUGCUUGAACUAGCCAAGAGUCAUCCCACAGUGUGGGGCAUUGGCUUGGUAGCAUUUGUUGCGCUGACCGUCAUCGGUGUCUACUGUAAAUUUGGCAAGCCCAAGUCCCAGGACUCUGCGGCAUCUGCAGCCGCUGCGCAGGCUAAGAAAACAGAUGAACCACAGCCCGAUGAUGAGAAUGAGCCAGCUGGCGAGGAGGAUGAGAGCGAGGAGGAUUCAUCAGCCCAGGUGGCUGGUGAAAGCAGCAGCAGUAGCCCCAAAAAGAAUAAAAAGUCUGAUUUAGAUAAUAAAGAGCAAGCGAAGCAGGAAGAGAACAGCGACGAGCCUACACAGACUGAGGAAUCCACUACAAAAUCCACUCGCAAACGCACGGUGCGCAAGGAUUAAAGAGGGGAAUCGCAUCAGCCUCAGUUCGCAUUCUUGAAACUUAACCUAAUUCCAAACUGCAAUUGAAAACAAACAAAACUAAAACUUACUAGAGAAAGAAGAACAAAUAGAGUGUACCAAACAGCUCGUCAUGUUUACCAAUUCAUCAACACACACAUAAGCAUACACACUCAGUUCCGUAAAAUCGCAUAACACCCACGAUUCACGUACACAGCAUGAUGCCUCAUACCAAAACUAUUUGUUGGUAGUUCACAUACAGCUGCUAAUUUAAUAAACCAGUUUAUGUGGUUCGUUCGGUUUAGUUUUCUUAAAUUACACACAUUUAUUUGUAUGUACGUACUUUUAUUUGUUUUUUUCCCUGUUGUAUUAUCAUCGUAUUUUUCGAUAAUUCUAAUUCUCUGUAUCCCUAUUUCGAUUUCUGUUUAAAAUUAAUCUCGUGUAUCUCGUAAUGAUUUUGAUUUGUGUUCUUCAAAUUUUCAACGAAAUCGUAAUAACAACAACAUGAAAAACAAAACUAGACAAAUGAGGGAAACAAAGAUGAUAAAUGAAACAAAAUAAGCGAUACGUACUCCAGUAGAGAAUGAGAAAACAAAAAAGGGAAACAUCUAGUUUAAUAUUAUGUAAUUUAAACGAAAUUUAUGAAAUACGCUAGUUAUAUACUCAGAGUUUAAAUAAAUUUCAUUUUGUUCAUUUGUAACAAUGAAAA